AUUCCACUCGUUCAAUCUUCCUUUGAGUCCAAUACAAAUCCUACUUCUCCAAUCGGCAUACGUUCUUCAUGGCAGAUAGAGUUUGUUUCCUCAUACCCUAUUUUCUCACUCCCUUCUUGGUACAAUCUUACAUUACUGCCUUAGCCGGGGCCAAUGUUGCCAUUCCUAACAUUACAACCGAUCAAUCUGCUCUUUUGGCUUUGAAGGCUAGUAUUUCUUAUGAUCCUCACACUAUUUUGGCAAACAAUUGGUCAACCAAUACUUCUGUUUGUGAUUGGGUUGGUGUCACCUGUGGUUCUAGACAUCUCCAAGUCACUGCCUUGAACCUUUCUUACAUGGGUCUCGAUGGUACCAUUCCUCCACAUAUUGGGAACCUCUCGUUUCUUGUUAGCCUAACGAUCAGAAACAAUAGCUUUCACGGUUCAAUUCCGAAUGAGUUGUUUCGUCUUCAUCAGCUGCAAUUCUUAAACUUCGGAUACAAUGAAUUCAAUGGAGAAAUGCCAUCAUGGAUAGGAUUGCUAACCAAACUUCAACAUCUAGCGUUUUUUGGUAACAACUUCAUAGGUGAACUCCCAGAAAUGGAGAACUUAACCAUGCUUACAGAAUUAAACCUUAGUCAAAACAACUUUGCAGGGACCAUCUCAUUAACUUUGUUCAAGUGCAAACAGCUGCAAAUUCUAGAUUUGGGGAAAAAUAAUUUCAAAGGAGUAGUACCCCGAGAAAUAGGGAACUUAAGCAUGCUUACAAAAUUAAGCCUUCGUGAUAACAACAAUGAAGGUAUUGUUUUUGUUGUUUUAGUUCAGUUCCUUUCAUUCGAAAGCACAAAGUAAUUUGUCCACGACAUGUGAGAGUAUCUCAACACUUCUCAGCAUAUUCAACUUCUACUCAUUACUUUAUUAUUAGUUUUCAACUAC